UCACUGAACGGGAGGCGGAGGCUGAGGCGGUUGCUCCCGCUGCUGCUUCUGCUGCUGCUGCUGCCGCCGCGGCUGCUCGGGCUGUGCGCGCCCCGGAACAGGCCGCCGCGCGCCGCUCUCGGACCCGCAGCCCCCGCCCGCCCGGCCGGGUCGGGCGGCCCAGGCAGCCUUCCAAGCACCGGGGGCUACAGUGGUGAAGAGAGACACAGCCCCUGCCCUCCUGUAGCUGACCUUCUGAAGAGGAGGGAUUAAACAAGGCUGCACCUUCCUCCUUCUCCCCGGCCACAACCUGCCCGUCACAGUUGAGCACCUGUUUUCCUGAAGGUGAUUUCCAGAAGCAGGAGUCCCUAGAGCUGGCCAGGGGAUGAACCGCGAGGGGGCCCCCGGGAAGAGUCCGGAGGAGAUGUACAUUCAGCAGAAGGUCCGAGUGCUGCUUAUGCUGAGGAAGAUGGGCUCCAACCUGACGGCCAGCGAGGAGGAGUUCCUGCGCACCUACGCGGGGGUGGUCAACAGCCAGCUCAGCCAGCUGCCCCCGCACUCCAUCGACCAGGGUGAGUCCAUCGACCACGGUGCAGAGGAUGUGGUGAUGGCGUUUUCCAGGUCGGAGACGGAGGACCGGCGGCAGUAGCUGCAACCCCCUUGGAAUACCCUGGAGGCUGGCAAAGGCCAGGAGAUCUGUGUGGACCUCACCGGCUGAGUGGCAGAGGGUCACCUUCCCUAUCCCGACCCCCCCACCCCGUCCCGUCCCGCCCCGCCCCGCCCCACGGCCACUCAGAAUCCUCGAGGGAAACACCAGUGGUGCAGUUACGAUUGGCUUAAAGGGACGGACUCAUGAUUGGCUGCGGGAAGAAACCUUUUUAUUUUUAAAUCUCGACCAACGCAAACCUUUUUAUUUUUAUUUCUGACUCUUCUUUUUUUUUUUUUUAAUUGCGCCUCGGUGUAUGGCUUCUCAGGAAGCUCUCCGAGCUCUGGUGCUUUAUUUCGGUCACUUUUUAGGAACGUGAAGAGGUCUGAUUGGCUGCUUAAACUGGAAAAGGAUUUUGAUUGGCUGGCUAAUGGGAAACGGUUUUUUUUCUUUGAUUGGCUGCAGGUGUUCUGCUGAUGGCAACAGCUCCUCUCUUUUGAAUGUUGAAAACAGGGUUUGGGACGUUGGUUGUUAUAUUUGACUUGAAAAAAGAAAGAAAGAAAGAAACCAAGUGCGCUUUGCAAUAUUUAUUACACAAAGAGCUUGCUGCUGCUGCUUUGACGUGUUUUUGUUUGUGUUUGCAUUUGAUUGGCUUUCGAUAUGUGUGUUUGGUUUCCCAUUGGCUCACCCAUGACUCCUGUUGCCAUGGGCUGCCCACCCCCCUGCUGCGUGCAGGCCCUCUCCAGCCCGGGGGUCCACCUAGAGAGUGCUUUUGCUUUAAUGACCACACCAGGCUCCAUUAGCAAGGGGACCCCUAGGACGCCAAGCAGGGCCCACAGCUGGAAAACAGGGCCCCAAGGAGGUUUGUGUUGUCCUGAACGAGCAGUCCAGAGCUUAGAGGUGACCAUUAGCCAGGAUUUACACACAUCACUUCAUGAGUUGGCAACCAGCCAGCAUCCCUUGGUGAGAAUGGAAUCGCUCACACGCGUCAUCCGGGCCUCUCCAGCCUGCCCGCGCUGAGCCAUUCCCUCCAUAUUCUACUUCCUGAGGCCUCAUCGGGAGGCCUCCUCUUAUAAGGGGCAGGAGCUGCUCCCAGCUCAGAGACCCCAAAACAUAGCAGAGAUCUCUGCCCGAGAGCCCAGAACCCACACAAAGGCCCCAGCUUGGCUCACAAGGGCCAGGAGGCCUUUGGCGCGAAACGCACCCUCCCACCUCCCCCAGCCUCCUCCCGAGGUGUGUGCUGCCAGCGCAGUGGGUCCUGACCAGCCCUGGGAGCUCUCUCAUCCGAGGCCGUGCCCUUCACCGCACUGCCUUCAGAAGGGUCUCUCUCCACGGCAGCCUGGAAGGGACAGUGUCAUUAUUUAUGAAGUGCCCACUGGGACCGCUGGCUGGGUCUUCAAUGAGCGGGUCCCACCAGGCUGGCCCUCAACCCCGCCCUCAGAAAGACAUUGCAGAGCAGUGGUCUUUGAAGGGCUGCAGGAGCCCCAAGUCUUCCCACCUGCCCUCCUCCCCCUGGAGGCGGCCUGUCCUGCUCCCUGCAUCUCUCGCAGGAGUGGAAUCUGGGUGGGGAGUUGGAGGAAGAUGCGGUCCUGGGGAGGGGAAGCCUCCCCACGCCCCCACCGCGACCUCCCACCCCCAUCCUGGAGGUAGUAGAUGGCUGAGGCCUCCUUCUCACCCCAGGUACCCAGAGCCAGGAGAAGACGCUCAGAGCCAAACUUCCCCCUUCUCAGGGCUUGGGACUGUCGUGGAGCAAGGGAGCUGAACGCCAGCGUGUCCCGGGCCCCAGCCCCCGGGAGCCCCAUGGCCCCGUGGCCGUUCACACUGUGCUCUGAGCUUCCUCUGAGCCUUGCCCCAGCGGAGGACUUGACACGACCUGGACACCCCAUCCUCCUACACACACGGGCCCCCGCCCUGGUUAGCUGGCCAUUAGUCUGAAAAGGCUGUUGAUCCCCAGGGGACGAGGACUGUGUGGCCCCCAGCAGGGUCCUGAGAGCAUCUUCCUCCAGGAGGGGCAGUGCAUGUACGCACACAUGUGUGUCUGUACUCGUUCCCAGCUCAAUGGCCUGCAGCUCCAGCUGAGCCCCUGGGGAAAGGUGAGUUUUGUUCAGUCUCUCCCCACCACCCAGGUUGUAACAUCUGUGAUCAGCUGUCAUUGCCAGUGUUGCCGGCUGGCGCCUCUCCUUGUACCUGUAGCUCCCGUCAAGGGUCCGCGUCCUGGCUGAUGGUGUGUUCCUGCCCCAGUCUGUCCUUGUCAGGGUCAUGGGCCUCCCUCUUGUAACUGCGAUGGCCCUGGUCUGUCUCAUCUUCUGCAGAAGAAAAGUGGAAAUGUUGCUGUGGCUUCGUAUUUCAACUAAAAAUAUUUCUGUUGAAGAAAAUAAUUAACAAUAAAGAUUUUUAAUAGUU